CGUCAUUAAUGGAUGUAGCCAUGAAGUUAAAGUUAAACCUUCAAAAAUAUCGAUUUGACUGAAUGAAUUAAUAGUAUAAAUUGACAUGAAAACAUCUAAGGAUUUUAUCUGAUUAGCAACCAAAAGAAAAUGGAGGCCAUCAACAUUAUGCAGGACACCAACAAUUUGGAUAUAGAAGAUUACAUGGAUGUAGUUACAACUUACAAAUGUAGGUUUUGCAGUUUUACAAGCUCUGCACCUGAAGGAAUAAGUGAACAUGUCAAACAGAUUCAUAUUCAACAGCCUGUUAAACAAAAAACAGAAACUAUCCAAAUCAACAACAGGAAAAUACCAAUCAAUUCCACUCUUACUGUUGAUAUGGAAACAGGUUGUGUACAAAUUCAGCAAAUUCCACAAUCAGAUGGUCAAAGUAGUAAGGUCAAGGUCAUGUCUGAACAGUCUGCAGUUGCAAACUUUAGCGUGUUAGAUAAUAUUGUUGAUCUGUCAUCAGCAGAUGUGACUGGUAACACCUCAUCCUCAGCUUCACUUCAGUCACAUGAAAGUGUGACGUUGGUAACAGUCGAUCAAUUAGAUGAACAAGUGACAAAUUUUACAGAUGAUAAUAAUACAGAGAAUUCUACUUUCAACAUAAUUUCAAUUGGAAACCAGACAAUUGAAAAUGAGGAGAAAGUUGACACAUGCUUGGUGCACAAUACUUCUGAAGCAAAUGGUGAUGUCAACUGUGAUGGAAGUACACAAACAAAUGAUAACAAUCAGACAGAUUUCACCUUAGAAGUACAAUCAUAUGAAUCAGCAAACUCGCCAAAAUCAGCUCCCCCUAUAACAAAAGAGUUGUUCCUUUGUGGUCAGUGCAGCAUAGGCUAUAAUAGUAUUGAAGACUGUAAAGCUCAUAUGGUGGAGGAUCAUAAUAUUCAGAUCGAAGAUCCAACAGUUGGUAACAUAAAAAUAAGUGUAGGAACUCAGGUGGAAAAUAGUGGUAAAAAACCAGGCAGGAAGAAAAAAUCUGAAACUGUGUCAGUUGCAGAAAGUGAAACAAUAACGAUCCAACCACUAUCUGAUUCUGAUUGGGAAGAAGAUAAAGAUGAUUAUUACAUAGGAAGUCGUUCACGUAGGAAGAUAAGAAGGCCGAAAGCUUUAAAAGAUGAUUAUUACCUGCCAAAACGUAAACACGUAGAACUUGAUACAGAAAAAAGAAGUUAUACAAACUUGCCAAAAACAAUGAAAAUGCAGCCAGUUACAGAAAAAUAUGACGAAAAAUGUACUGUUGUUGGUUGUUACGCUAAGUUUAAGACAAAAGAAAGUUUAGAAAUUCAUCAAAAAUGCCAUGUUGACAGUGGAACUUCAUUCCUUUGUCCACACUGUUCACAUCAAUUUCAAAAUUGGAGAUUGAUUCGCUUUCAUUUAUGGAAAGCACAUAAAGUUGACACAGACCUUUUAGAAUGCGAUAUUUGUCAUGAAUUUAGAACUGAUGCCUUUAGUAAAUUGAUGAUCCACCAAGAGAUCCAUAGCGAUGAGAAACCUUACACUUGUGAUGUAUGUGGUAAAGGUUUCCGUCAGUAUAGUCAGAUGAAAAACCACCAACUUAUUCAUUCAACAGAUGAUCAAAAUAAUGAAAAGUCUAAAGGCAAAAGACAAUGUGAUAUUUGUAAGAGGGUCUUUGCAAACCAGAAAUGUUUGUUAAAGCAUAUUGAGGGUGUCCACAGUCAAAUUAAACCUUAUAAAUGCAUGUACUGUGGAUAUGCAUCAUCAAGGAAGGCAAUGUUACUAUUACAUGAACGAACACACACUAAAGAAAAACCUUUCAAGUGUGAAGUUUGCUCUUUUGCCACUGGUGACCAUAAUUCUCUCAGACGACACUCUAUGAGACACACAGGACAAAGACCUUAUCGAUGUAAUUACUGCCCAUACACAUGUAUACAAGCCAUCUCAAUCAAAAUGCACAUGAAAAACAAACAUCCCAAUGCUGCUGGAGUUUUCUGUUGUAAUGAAUGCACAUACAGGACAGUGAAUGAACAAUUCUUUUUAAAUCAUAUCAAAGACCAUGAAAACGGGUUGAUCCAGGAAAAAGAACAUAUCUCUAAUAAUAUGCAGAGCACCAUUCAGAUUAUGAAUGAAAAUGGAAUUCAACUUCAGGACAUUAUUGAAAUACAACAAAAAUCUGCUGAGUUGGAUCAAGAUAGGACACCACUAAAUCUUCAAAUGCAGGUGCAAACUUUGGAAUCUGGAGAAACUCAAAUCAGUGCAGAUGAUUUUGCAAAAAUUUCAAGUUAUGAAGACUUAGGUUCUUCUAAUAUUUCAUCGAGUCAGCUAAUCACAUAUGCUCUAAAUGCCAUAGCACAAAAUACCACGUCUGACACCGAGUGCUCAUCUAUUCAGAUAGUCAAUGGCAUUCAAAUUUCUGUCACAUCAGCACCUCCUAAAGAUGGGGUCACAAAUCAUUCAAUAUCAUUCCAUGUUCCUGUUCCAAAUCAUUUUCAGAGUAAUGGCAGUCAAGUGGUUUUGGAACAAGUUAAUCAGAUAUCAGAGAUACCAGUCUCGACAUUGUCAUUUGAUGAUGUGACAGAAGCAGUAGAUGAGGAAGGAAAUAAUCAAGCCAGUGAACAAGUCAUUAUGACAUCACAAGGUGAAAUUGUGAACUUAGUUUCUACUGCAACUAUUGAAGACCUGGCUCAAAUCAGUUGUAUUGUGAAAGAUGGUAUUGUGUUUGAAACUAACAUAAAUAAUGGUGCUUUGUCUGAAGCAGCUUCCUAACUAAAAAUGAAAUAAAUAUCAAGAAAGUC